UCACUCGCAUUUUAUACUGACAGUGUUGGUUGUUUAUUUUCAGCGAGCAAGAUGUCGUUCUUUGGAAUUGGUCAGCAGGGGAUUACAUUGAAGGAGUUAUUGGAGAAUCCUAAACUACAAACAGCACCGAACCUGAAAGAUCAGAGUCACAAGAAUGAUAAAAGCGGCAAUGGCUCAUUCGACCCAACCUCAGCAUUUCUUGGCCCUAACUUAUGGAGCAGCAGCAGCUUGCAGGACGAGAAUUUCCAGUUGGAAUACAUGGACUUGGAUGAAUUUUUAUCAGAAAACGGCAUUCCAUCGGACCUGAAUGAUAACUCAAUUGGUGGAGAAUCUGACCAGUCCCAGAAAUCCCCUGCAGCCCUGAUAAACAGUCCGCCGUCCUCCCCUAUAGCCAGGACUAACCCCAUGAUUAGUGGUCCCCAGUCACCUCCGGGCGAUGCCAUCAAGGAGUUAUUCAAUAAAGAACCUGAAUCGCCCGAAGAAGUGCCCAAUCCAACUGUGCGGUCCCUGCUUACCAUUGAUCAUGUUACACCUACAGAUGAUGUGAUGAGUUCCCCGGUACUCUCUCCCAGUAGCAGUACCGGGUCAUUAAGUCCAGGCCAUGUUCCUGUGGCCUUCGAGGUGGAUGAUCAAGACCUAGCUCUAGCGACCAUACCAGGACAUAAUUUCGACCCAAAGAGACGGAGGUUCACUGUGGAAGAGUUGAAACCACAGCCAAUAAUUAAAAAGUCUCGCAAGAUUUUUGUUCCUGAAGAUAGCAAAGAUGACAAAUACUGGAAUCGCCGUAAGAAGAACAAUGUUGCUGCUAAGCGCUCCAGAGAUGCCCGGCGCAUCAAAGAAAACCAGAUCGCAAUGAGGGCAUCCUUUUUGGAAUCAGAAAAUGAGACAAUGAAAAAACAACUUGAGAAAAUAAAGAAAGAAAACGUAAAUCUGAAGAGGAGUCUUUCCAAAUAUGAGAGUAUAGACCUGGAAUAAGUUGUUUGUAAAGAGGGUUCGGGUGUGAAAUCACUGACCUUGAGGGGUUGAGUAUAGGAUUGGAAAACAGCAGGGCUAUAAAUAAGUUAAAAACAGGGAAGGUUUUGAAAAUAGUUUCUGCUUUUAAAAGCCACUAUUUACAAAUUGUUGUAUUAUUUACCUUGGUACGAGAGUCCGAAGUUGUGGGUAUUGCAACAUGAAAGUCACUGUUCAGUAGUCCACAGCGAUAUAAAAGUAACUGUUCAUGAGUCUUGGUUACUGUGACAUGAAAGUCAACAUUCAGAAGAUAUUCAGCACAAUAUUAAGGUCUCCAUUCAGGAGUCCUAGCUACCAUGACACAAAAGUUAAUAUAAGGAGUUGAAAUAUGGCAGCAUUAUUGUCACCACUCAGUGGUGGGAGAAUUAAAUAUAGAAGUUAGGAGAGACUUGUGAU